GCAACGGCCGGCCUUGUCCCCCAAAAAUCCAAUUCCGACCUCGCCAUCGACGGAGCCGGCGUCGCGGCGGGGGCGGCGCCUUGAAGGUUCCAGAAGCUUCUCGAACGGCCUCGCCGAAGGAGAGAAGCGGGGAGGGGCCUAAGCAAGCUGAGUCGAAUCGCCACGCUUCGAGUUCAAAUAUCAUCUCAACAGUAACAACAUUGCAGAACCUUAUCCAACGGCCGCACCCCUGCCCGAGUGAAUCCUCCGGGCACCUUACACGGUCAGCGCCUCCCAUCUCCUCUCAUUUUUCUGCGAAGCAAGCAACUGAGCUAGAAUUGAUGAAGAAAUUGGACGAAUCAAGCAACCACGGUCUGGAUUGUUGAGUGUUUGAUGCUUGGUGACCGAGGAGAGCUCCUGCGGAUAUGAACGUGGUGGGAAGGGUUGGAUCUGUGAUCUCGCAGGGAGUGUACUCCGUUGCGACGCCCUUCCACCCAUUUGGUGGCGCAGUUGACAUCAUUGCAGUUGAGCAGCCUGAUGGUUCAUACCGCAGCACACCAUGGUAUGUCCGUUUUGGGAAGUUCCAGGGGGUGCUCAAGGGUGCUGAGAAGGUCGUUACCAUCACUGUCAAUGGCGUUGAAGCCAGCUUUCACAUGCAUCUUGACAACUCCGGCCAAGCCUAUUUCAUGCGUGAGCUUGUGCCUGGCAGCGAAGACUCUGGUACAGGUUCAGAAGAAGAAGCUAGCAAUGAGCCCGAACCUCCAGCGCGUAGUAAGAGUGAUGGGGACCUUUACAUUGGUCCUAGUGACAGGCUUGGUAGCCAAGAGUUGAAUGUGGAGCAUCAAGAGAAGCAAACCAGGGAUGAGUUUGAGUCAUUUGAUGGUUAUGACAGGUUGGAGGAAGCAGAAGAUUUACCAAACCAAGCUGAUGGGGAAAAUUCAGAGGUGGUUCUGGUUAGUGUGGAUGGACAUGUGCUCACGGCGCCUAUUUCUUCAACAGAUGAGGGUAUGGAGGAUGUGCAGUUAAGUGAUCCACAGUUCCAUUUGGGACCUGGGCAGAGCUCUAGUGGAGACUUUAGCCGCAGUGGUGAGGUGUGGGAUGCUGGCAUUUUAGAUGAUUUAUACAUAUCACAGGAAAAGGUAAAAUUUGAUUCUGAACAUCAGUCAAAGGUUUUAACCGAGAAUGGAGAGGUACCAAUUGAGAAGGAUGAGUCACAUCACAUCUCAGUUGAUGAAGAUGAAAAGCUCCAUGUGUCUGUCAAUGAAGAUGAAGUGCUCAAUGUGUCAGUUAGUGAAUAUGAAGUUCAUGCUGUGUCUAGACAUGAAGGUGAAUCUCAAGUUGUGUCUACAAACAAAGAUGAGGUUCAGGAUGUGUCAAGGUCAGGGAACAAUGGUGAGGUUUAUCAACCUGUAACCUGUGAAGGUGAGUCUUGUGGUGUUUCAGGGGACAUUAAUGCGGGCUAUCAACUCUUGACCAGUGAAGACGAGUCUCCUGGUGUCUCCGGGGACAAUGAUGUGUCAAACGAAGAUGAGGUUCAGGAUGUGUCAAGGUCAGGGAACAAUGAUGAGGUUUAUCAACCCGUAACCAGUGAAGGUGAGUCUUGUGGUGUUUCAGGGGACAUUAAUGUGGGUUAUCAACCCUUGACCAGUGAAGAUGAGUCUCCUGCUGUCUCAGGGGACAAUGAUUUGGGUUAUCAACCCUCGACCAAUGCACAUAAAGCUCAUGAUACACCAGAGAACAAUGAUGAGGAUCAUCAACCCUUGACCAAUGAAGAUGAAUCUAGUGAUGCCCCAGUGCUUGAAAGAGCCAAGGAUCCCCCAGCUAACAAGGAUGAAGUUUGUGACCUCAACAACGAAGACACUGAUUUGGAGGAUACUGGUGCUAAUUUUGCUAAAAAUGACACUUUUCAGAGCUGCUUGGAUCUAACAUCACAAGUAGAUGAUGGGGAUUCAGGAAACGAAUUAUUUUCUCCUGGAUCUGAUUAUCAGAGGGACUCUGAGCUUAGUUUGGGUAAUUGUUCUGUUGCUGAGACAGAUCUAGAGGAAGGUGAAACUAAAACUGCUUACUCUGAUCAAGAUGGUCGAUUACAGGAGGGAGUGAAUGUUUCAAUAUUUACCUUAGGAGUUGAUAGGACUCGAAACAAAAGGAGCUCUUCUCAUUAUGGCAAGGGAUCUGACUUGUCCUCUGAAGGAGGUUCUCAUGAUAAGGAACUUGCCUCUGAAACUGAGGCUGCUGGAUCCGAUGGUUUACAAUUAUCCAUGGCUACCAGUGAUAAAGACAAACUGGGGAGCAUUCCAGAGCACUCAGAAGAGGAGGAACAGAGUAAAGAAGAACAUUCUCAAUCACAAAAGGGCUUGGGGGUUGAGAUUUCUCUUUGUGGGAACAUGUUACGACCAGGAAUGGGUCGAGAAUCUGCUGAGGAAGUCUUUCAACAGCAUCUUGUCCGCGAGGAGGAUUUCAAGUCAUCUGGAUCAACAAUUAUAAAAAAUGCAAACCUUGUCGUCAAAGUUGACAAUAAGUACUUCCCAUGGAGUAAAGUUUCUCAUGUCAUUCUUGGGAAGGCUGUAUUUGGUUCAAACUUCACCAUAGAACCUAGUGAUGCAAUUUGGGUUGAACGUCAGGAAACACCCAAUUCAAGAGAAGACUCUCUUAGAAUGUCUCCCUCAAGCCGUAGAUGGAGGCUUUGGCUCAAUCCCUUUCGGAUAACAAGGUCCCUUCAGCGUAGUAACAGUGAUUCUUCUGAGGACAUUUUCCUUGACUCAGAGACUGUUUUGAGUCCAAUGGAUGAACAAGCUCUGGAGAAUAACAAAAGCCAGUCACCAAGAAAGCAAUUUGUCCGGACACUGAUUCCCACUAGUGAACAGGUAGCAUCUUUAAAUCUGAAGGAGGGCCAAAACUUGGUGACCUUUAGCUUCUGCACCAGAGUUCUUGGGAAACAGCAGGUCGAUGCACAUAUUUACUUGUGGAAAUGGAAUGCUAAAAUUGUGAUAUCUGAUGUGGAUGGCACCAUAACAAGGUCUGAUGUGUUGGGUCAGGUCAUGCCUUUGGUUGGAAGAGAUUGGAGUCACUCCGGUGUCGCGCGACUUUUUUCUGCAAUAAAGGAAAAUGGUUAUCAACUGCUAUUCCUUAGUGCCAGAGCAAUUGUUCAGGCAUAUCUCACGAAGAACUUCCUCUUCAAUCUGAAACAGGAUGGGAAAGCGCUGCCCAAUGGGCCUGUUGUAAUUUCACCUGAUGGUUUGUUUCCUUCACUGUACCGAGAAGUUAUACGGAGAGCCCCACAUGAAUUCAAGAUUGCAUGUCUGGAGGACAUUAAGGCUCUUUUUCCUUCCGAUUACAAUCCAUUUUAUGCUGGGUUUGGCAACAGAGACACCGACGAGCUCAGUUACAAGAAGAUGGGAAUACCUAAAGGCAAGAUUUUUAUCAUCAAUCCGAAGGGAGAAGUGGCUGUCAACAGUUCUGUUGAUGUGAAGUCUUAUACCUCCUUACACACCCUUGUCAAUGACAUGUUUCCACCAACAACUCUGGUUGAACAGGAAGACUACAAUAACUGGAAUUACUGGAAGGUGCCGCUGCCAGAUGUUGACUUGUAGUGUAGUUUCGACAGAUACAGGCGUAGAUACCAGUAGAUCCUCCAAAGCAUAGUAGCUGAGCUUUGUGUACACUAAUUCUCAGUCACCACGACCAGUUAGAUCCAAUCUGUAAAGCAUCUCAAGAGCCCCAGAUGUGCGGUUUUGAUAGCCAAUGCAGAUGUUGCCACUUUCUUUCGACGGAGCUUUUCCACGAUCAUACAUCUUUUAGGUAGUGAUCUGAUUGUCUUCGUCGAACUUGUUGUGCUCAUAGGUUUGGGUCCUGGCCUCCUAAUUCAUUAGAGAACUCCCAGAGCUGGUCAGUUCUCCGAGCUAUUUUGUUCUGAUAGCUGGAAAUCCUUGGAUGCCAAAACUCGCUGUAUAUUGUACAUCAGUGCAUGGAAAAUAAUCGACAUUGCAUUUUCUGCUUCAUCUUCAA